AUGUUCGCCAACUUGACGCACGCUACCCUGCGAUUCAUCGCCUUCUUCAACCACCUGAUGAUCCUGGCCUCAUCAGCCAUCGUCACCGGCCUCGUGUCCUGGUUCCUCCACAAGUACGACUACCGCGGCGUGAACAUUGUCUACCAGGAGUGCAUUGCCACGAUUACCCUGGGCUUCUGGCUCAUCGGUGCCUUCUUGCCCCUUAUCGGCAGAUACCGCGGCCACCUGGCUCCUCUCAACCUCAUCUUCUCCUACCUCUGGCUCACCUCCUUCAUCUUCUCGUCUCAGGACUGGAGCAGCGGGAAGUGCAGCUUCGGCCAGCCUGGCGAGGGCCACUGCUCCCGCAAGAAGGCCAUUGACGCCUUCAACUUUAUCGCAUUCUUCUUCCUGCUCUGCAACACCUUGGUCGAGAUGCUUCUUCUCCGCGCCGAGUACGCUACCCCCGUUGCCGCCACCCACAACAAGGAGAUUUCUGCCGGCCGCCCCUCUGACAACUCUGUCUAA